GCAGGGCUAUAAGAACGGAAGCGGCGCCCGUUCGAUAUUUUGACCGCUUGUCUCUUUGAUUGGCCGAAGCUCGACGAAUCUCCGAGCCCUCAAUUCAGUUCUCCGUCGCAGCAGAGCCCCUGGAAUCCUUUGACUUUUGAUACCUCCGGAGCUCCCAAUUCCAAUGAUUUCUGUGGUUUCUCGAUCCGGAUAGUUGUAAGAGAAUCUCGAGCAAUAAAGGCAGUUUCUUGUUGGCUACUCUUGUUCUUGUAGUAAAUGCAGAGGGAUUAAUGAAUCUCUCCUCAUACUUCUAGCCAGGCUCAGCUCACAACAAUCCACUAGCUUGUGACCAGCCAUUAGAGUUAACUGGCAACAAUAUGGGCCCAGGCAGCGGAGGGACCGACCCAAAUAACCCUAAUCUGGCCUCAAGGCAGCGGUUGCGAUGGACACAUGAACUUCAUGAACGCUUUGUUGAUGCUGUAACGCAACUUGGUGGACCUGACAGAGCCACUCCCAAAGGUGUACUCAGAAUAAUGGGAGUACAAGGGUUAACCAUAUACCAUGUGAAAAGUCAUUUGCAGAAAUAUCGGCUUGCAAAAUAUGUUCCUGAAUCUUCAUCUGAUGGUUCAAAGGGUGAAAAGAAAGAUCCUGGGGACCUACUUUCAGGCCUUGAAAACUCCUCAGGGAUGCAAAUUACUGAAGCACUUAAGUUGCAGAUGGAGGUGCAAAAACGGCUGCACGAACAACUAGAGGUACAAAGGCAGUUGCAGCUGAGGAUAGAAGCCCAAGGGAAGUAUCUGAAGAAGAUCAUUGAAGAACAACAGCGGCUCAAUGGCGUGCUGGCAGAAACACAAGGUGUGAGCAUUCCUGCCCCCAUCUCAGGUGACCACUGCCAAGACUCCGACAAGACUGACCCCUCAACCCCUGCCCCAACCUCAGAGUCCCCACGUCAAGACAAGGCCGCUAGUGGGGACCAUGGAGGCACAGGCGGGCUCUUCAAGAGCCUCUCCCGUGAUGAUUCCUUCUCUUCCCGCCGUGAGCCUCUGACGCCUGACUCCAGCUGCCGUGCUGGCUCUCCGGAGAGCCCGAAGCCUGAGAGGCGAAUCAAGAGGCAGCGGGGAGCCGGUGACCCAGGGAAUGGGAAGAUGGAGCUGGUGUUUGCUCAUCAUAUACUUGAGUCAAGUUCAGGCUCAGAUUUCCAGCAACCAUGCCCGAUUUUCCCAGCUGGUGGAGGGCAUUUUCAUUCCUCCGGCACUUCAAUCUGCGAUGAUGAUAGGUUGGAGAAUGGAUCUGGAAGUGAUAUGUGAUCAAAUUAAUGCAGUGCUUGUUCUUAAAUGGUGGCUUCUUAAUAUUGCCCGGAGAAAUAUUGUCAGCAAGAGUAGGUAUUAUGAUUACAACAUGAUACUUGUACCUGUAACGUUUCAACCAUUCCCACUUCAUGUGAUGCCUGCACUUAUUGAUAAGUCAUGAAAGAAGAGACAUGCCUAUUCUAUUGCACAAUCAAAUGAAGAAACCAAGUAUUUGUGAUUUGAAAAUCAAAAUAUA